AUGACGGGGGUGUGCUUCACCGUGUGCUUCACGUUGUGCGUAUUGGUUCCUCCAUUAACAAAUCGUUGCUGUGCUUCAUCCUCAGAAGAACGCCUCCGAGAACAUCUCUUCCCACCAGACUACAACCAAUGGGCUCUUCCAAAUAAAAAUGCUUCUGAUGUUCUCUUCAUUUGGUUCGGGCUUGCAAUCUCUCAAAUAGUAGAUGUGGAUGAGAAAAAACAGGUUUUAACAUCCAAGGUUUGGAUGAAACAAAUGUGGCAUGAUUAUCAUUUCACAUGGGAUCCAGCAGACUUUGGUAAUAUCACUAACAUCAAGGUCCCAAGCCCUCAAAUAUGGAUUCCAGAUAUCAUGAUAUAUAACAACGCAAAUGGGACGUAUGAUAUGAAAUCUCAUGCAUGGGCGAACAUAUAUUUCAACGGAACAGUGUUUUGGUUCCCUCCUGCUGUUUACAAGAGUGCAUGUAAGAUCGACGUCCAGUACUUCCCCUUCGACGAGCAGAAGUGCGUGAUGAAGUUUGGUUCCUGGUCUUAUGACCAUCUUAAGAUAGAUCUCAUCCCUGUCAGCGAGAGCGCAGAGAAGAAAGAUUAUUGGGAGAAUGGAGAAUGGACGAUUGUUCAAUCUCCUGCAGAGAGACACGCUGUCAAAUAUCCAUGUUGCGAAGACAUCUACGUUGAUGUGACAUAUUACUUUGUCUUAAGAAGGAAACCUCUGUUUUACUUUGCUUACUUACUGCUCCCUUGUGGAAUUAUUUCAUUUAAUACGGUGCUUGUGUUCUACCUCCCGCCAGACAUCACGGGCAAGAUGUCCCUUUGUACCUCUGUCCUUCUCUCCAUGGUAUGGUUCCUCCUCCUCGUCACACAGUGCAUACCUUCCAAUGCUAAUAGCUUCCCUCUUAUUGUCAAGUAUCUCCUCUUCACCAUGACCAUCGUAGCUUCCUCAAUCGUUCUCACCGUCUUCGUCCUCAACAUACGACAUCGGUCGCCGUACACGCACAUCAUGCCACAGUGGGUCAGGACGGUCUUCGUUGACUUGUUGCCAAGGUUUGUUGGAUUGCAGCGUCCAAAUCAGAAGAGGAAAAGAGAAUUGCACCAUAGCGUGAACCUUUCUGGACGCGACUCGAUAGCUGCCUGUAAUCACAUUGACGCCAUGAUGACGGAGACUUCUUCACAUUCCUCCGAAGCGGACAACGACUUAAUGCAAGCCCACCUAUCACAUCAAUCAUCCCACAACUACACUGGAGAGAAGAACUCAAGACCCAAGGAAAAUAACGCCAAGAUGAACGCUGGCAAUAUGAAUCCUGCCGUCGAGCCACUCCUCAACUGUAUGCUGGCUCAAAAGAACAUGAAAGCAGAACGUUUCUUUACACCGUUCAACGAAAAGAACAACGCUAUUUCCCAUUACAUCAUCCCCGAUGAGUUAACGCAGAACACACACAGCGGUCAUGGUCACAGUCAUGUGGAGAACAAUAUUCGGUCAAGUAGUCAUACCCCUACUAGCAAGAAGCGGCCACGACCACUACUCCAAGAAGAGCCACCUCUCCAGUACAUGGUGGCUCAGCAAACAGUAGAAGACAUCAUGUACCUCACAUCACGUAGUAUUAACAAUGAAUAUGCAACUAAGGCAAGAGAAGAAUGGAAGAUCGUUGCAAUGGUGAUCGACAGAAUAUUUCUUAUCAUAUAUUUGUGUGCUGUUUUCAUCGGGACAUUAUCCAUAGUACUCGAAGCACCACUUGCAAGGGAUUUUUUCAUGGACAUUUUGUUCCGAAAUGGGACGACAUUUAGCGAAGACAGUGCGGAAAUGAACGAAGCGUGUAGUACUUACUUUCCGAUGUAGGACAAAUUUACCGAACGUAAGGUAAUCGCGUUCUUUCAGCAACAUUUUCGUAGGUAUUCUCCUCCAGGAACAGUGCGGGGAUCCAAUCCUGUGUAUUUUAAAAGACGACGUAGAGGAACUAAAAGGGUACUUUCGAGGAGAAAGGAAUAUUGCGGUUAAGGAGACCAAGGAGAAGCUGGAAAUUAUUAUUGAUAUACUGUAAUAGCAGGUGUUCCCGACAACUAAGAUGAAUGAGUUUUGUUUUUUCCUUCCUAACUUUUAUACUCUGUGUGAAAAAUAUUUAUAAAAAUUCCGGAGUGGUGUUAAAGAUUUUAAUGAUAUAGGCCUACAUGUACAGAUAGAAGACACUGAUAUUUUUUAACCCAAUGUUGCAUGUAUGAUGCGAAUAUUCACAAGAAUGUGAUAUUUUAGCAGAAUGGUCUAACUUGAGAAGAAUGGCUGUUGCAAAUUACUUUAUUUGAAAGCAAUUAAUUUGACACUCAAAAGAAGGAAACUAGGGGGGGGGGUGCCCCCGUGAAAAUAAGGAAGGGGCAGAUAUAUUGAUUCGCCGCCCCCAAUAAAUUUGACAACUUAAAAAAUUAAUAUCAAAUGCAAAUAUCUGUUGAAAAAGUAUGAGAAAGCACUAUAAAUAUAACCGCUGGAGAGGUUUUUUUUUUUCUUUCAGAAAAUAUUAGAUUAAAAACUGCUUCAAAAAUGUUGAUGACCUUACACCACUUUUUUAGUGUUUUAAUAAAAAAGUUACCUUCGGUCAGUACUGGUAUGAGUACAUGAUAUGACCAUGAUUUUGAACUCUGCGAACCGAUUCUCAUUCUCGUCUCAAUCAAAUCAAAGCAAACUUUACUAAACAAAACGAUGGCACACAGACAUAUUUACAUUUUUUUGAAAAAAAAAAUCAAUAUAUAAGGCGGGAUAUUACAGAAAAGUGAAUAUUACUCUGUACUUUGUUGAAGCAUAUUAACGGAAAAGACUGUCAGAGAACAUUCUUCUCAAGUAAUCACAAUGAACGGGAAGAAUAUAAAAAAAACCUGUCAAUUUUCUGCCAUGUAAUCAAUACAUAGAGUGUCACAAGCAAGAUUCAGCGGCUUGCAAAAUUAAUUUGACAACUUAAGCUACAAGGUCGUGAAAUUAGGUGAAUAUUUAUGUGGAAAGUAUCCAUCUCGGGAAAAGAAAAAAACUAGGCAAGAUAUAUCUGAACCGACCUCAUAAAGAAAAGAGAGAUGGGGGAAAAAGUGAGGGUGGUGAUCGAGACAGAUGGAGAAAAAGAAUAUGUAUGCAAGGGUGCGUGUGAACUAUGGAAGAAAAGGGUGUGUGUGCGUGUGAAAGAUCAGGGGAGCGUUUCAUCAAUAUUUUCAUCCGACAAGUUGUCAGAUCUGACAUCUUUCCAUGAUUUUGAUUGGCUGAGAGGCACUGUUCCUAUGGUAACUGUCGGAUAAAAUGGGACUUGUCGGAUAAAACGUCCGACAAGUCCUUUCAUGAAACGCCCCCCUGGGCUCCGUAACACAAAGGUUUGCGAUGGAUUGCAAAUAUGAAAGAACCGCACUGAUUGGUCCCUGGUAAGUAUUUCAAACCAAAUGCGCAUGUAUCAUUGAUAUUGAUUUGGUCAUUCAUUUUGCGAUUGAUCGCUAUUCUUUGUGUUUAAUACAGAGCCCUGAUAAAUAACGUGUAUGGAAUAUGUGCGUGAUCUAUAACGGGAGAAAGGUGUGUGUUUGAGUGACGGGGUGUGUGUAAAGCAUAAAAGGAAAUAGAUGUGUAUGAGUCUGUGUCAAUUUGUAAUGACCUAUUUCUUACAUAUUACUCAUUAACCUGGGACGUUCAGAAAACCAUCCCAUUUCAAUCGUCUCACAUAGGAAACUCGUUACUCGUAAAAAGUUCCCGUUCGGACAAUUAAACUCAAAUUGUGGAUGUAGGGAGUAGGAAGCAUCCCCGGUUAGCAAACUAAACUCCGGUUUUGUUAGAAAAUCAGCCCGGUUAGUGGAAUUCAAUUUUUUUAGUGCGAGACAAAAAAAAAACGCACUGGUGAUUAAUGAUAAGGGUGUCCCCGAUAGUCAAAUUACAAGACGGUGUGUGUGUGCGGGGGGGGGGGGGGGUGUGAUUGUAAGAGAGGGAGAGAUGGAAGGGGGAGACGAGUGCAAGUGGGGGCCAGUAUAAAUUCACUACUACAUUGUUCAAUCCUGUGUUUAUCUAACAUGUAUUUUUCAUAUCCAGGCGUCGCAAUCAUAUUUUAGGGCGUCUUCAAUUUGGAAUUGUGAAUAUAUCCAGCAGAUGUUGAUGUGUAAAUAUAUCAAUUAAUAAUUUCAUAUUAUGACAAAAUAUUUGUUUUAAAAUGACUCAUUAAAUGAGACAUUAUAAAGAAAUGAA